AUGUCUACAUCCGCCCGCCGCCGUCUCAUGCGGGACUUCAAGCGUAUGCAAACUGAUCCCCCAGCUGGCGUCUCUGCAUCCCCGGUGGCCGAUAAUGUGAUGACAUGGAAUGCCGUCAUCAUUGGCCCCGCCGACACCCCCUUCGAGGAUGGCACAUUCCGCUUGGUCAUGAACUUCGAGGAACAGUAUCCCAACAAGCCCCCUGGUGUUAAAUUCAUCAGCCAGAUGUUCCAUCCCAACGUGUAUGGAACUGGUGAGCUCUGUCUGGACAUUCUGCAGAACCGCUGGAGUCCAACCUAUGACGUUGCUGCCAUCCUAACUAGUAUCCAAAGUCUUUUGAAUGAUCCCAACACUUCAUCUCCGGCCAACGUCGAGGCUUCGAACCUCUACAAAGACAACCGCAAAGAAUACACGAAGCGCGUGCGGGAGACUGUUGAGAAAAGCUGGGAUGAUUGA